AUCUUUCGCUGCUUCUCUAUCAUGCUUCACCGUUUUGUCAGCUUCACUCGAUAAAUCGUAAAAAUGGCUACCCGUCUGCUAAAAAUUAACAGCGCAUUGCGCACAUAUUCGAAUAAGACCAGCCUUGUAAAGGUAUCAAAGCAAUGGCAAUCUACUGUUGCUUCUUUAAAAGAAAUACUUAUCAAUCAACCAGCUACAAGAGUUACAACUCUAGAUAGUGAAAUGCGAGUUGCUAGUGAAGAUAGUGGAGCUCCCACAGCUACCGUUGGUCUGUGGAUAGAUUCUGGUAGUAGAUAUGAAACAGAUGAGAAUAAUGGUGUUGCUCAUUUCAUGGAACAUAUGGCUUUUAAGGGAACGGCUAAACGAUCCCAAACCGAUUUGGAAUUAGAAAUAGAAAAUAUGGGGGCUCAUUUGAAUGCUUACACAAGUCGAGAGCAAACAGUAUUUUAUGCAAAAUGCCUGUCGCAAGAUGUACCAAAAGCUAUUGAAAUUCUUAGUGAUAUUAUAAAAAAUUCUAAGUUGGGUGAAAAUGAAAUCGAAAGAGAACGUGGCGUUAUUUUGCGUGAGAUGCAAGAGGUUGAAACAAACUUGCAGGAAGUUGUAUUUGAUCACUUACAUGCUGCUGCUUAUCAAGGUACAUCUUUAGGGCGAACGAUAUUGGGACCUACAAAAAAUAUCAAAAGUAUUUCUCGAGAUGAUCUUAUUAAGUAUGUAAAAACUAAUUAUGGGCCACCUAGAUUUGUACUAGCUGGUGCUGGUGGUGUAAAUCACAAUCAAUUAAUCGAACUCGCUGAUAAACAUUUUGGCCAAAUGAGAGGACCAGAAUAUGAUGUGAUUCCGGAUUUUAUUAAAUCCUGUCGAUAUACCGGCUCUGAAAUAAGAGUUCGUGACGAUUCUAUCCCUCUUGCUCACAUUGCGAUUGCUGUUGAAGGUGCUGGAUGGGCUGAAGCGGAUAACAUUCCUCUUAUGGUCGCAAAUACUCUCAUAGGAGGAUGGGAUCGUAGUCAAGGAGGCGGUGUAAAUAACGCAAGCAAUUUAGCUAAAGCUUGUGCAGAACAAGGUUUAUGCCAUAGCUACCAAAGUUUCAACACAUGUUACAAAGAUACAGGACUUUGGGGUAUAUAUUUCGUUUGUGAUCCUAUGCAGUGUGAGGAUAUGACAGCAUGCGUUCAAAACGAGUGGAUGAAACUGUGUACAUCGGUUACAGAAAAAGAUGUAGCACGUGCAAAGAAUAUUCUUAAAACUAACAUGUUCUUACAGUUGGACGGAACUACUGCCGUUUGUGAAGAUAUUGGCCGACAAAUGUUGUGUUAUAAUCGUCGAAUUCCACUUCAUGAACUCGAGAUGAGGAUAGACGUAUGUAACUUUUUUAUUGUAUGGAACAUUAUUGGAUAACGA